GGGCGGGGCCAAGGAGGCGCGCGGCCUGGUUGGCCGGGCGGGAGGUGGGGCGUGCCGCGGAUUGGUUCCGGCCUCCAGCUCAGCUGUGUAGCUCGCCGGGUCCCCGAGCCGGCGGCCUGAGGGAUGGACGAGACGAGCCCACUAGUGUCCCCCGAGCGGGCCCAACCCCCGGAGUACACCUUCCCGUCGGGCUCCGGUGCUCAUUUCCCGCAGGUUCCGGGGGGCGCGGUCCGCGUGGCGGCGGCGGUCGGCUCCGGCCCCUCUCCGCCGGGCUCUCCGGGCCACGACCGCGAGCGGCAGCCCCUCCAGGGCCAGACCCACACCGUGGCGGCGCAGGCCCAAGCCCUGGCGGCGCAGGCUGCGGCCGCAGCGCACGCCGCGCAGGCCUCCCGCGAGCGGAACGAGUUCCCCGAGGACCCGGAGUUCGAGACGGUGGUGCGGCAGGCAGAGGUGGCCAUCGAGCGCUGCAUCUUCCCCGAGCGCAUCUACCAGGGCUCCAGCGGAAGCUACUUCGUCAAGGACCUUCAAGGGAGGAUCAUUGCUGUCUUCAAACCGAAGAAUGAAGAGCCAUAUGGACACCUUAAUCCUAAGUGGACUAAGUGGCUACAGAAGUUGUGCUGUCCCUGCUGCUUUGGCCGUGACUGCCUUGUCCUCAACCAGGGCUAUCUCUCAGAGGCAGGAGCCAGUCUGGUGGACCAAAAACUGGAACUCAACAUUGUACCCCGUACAAAGGUAGUAUACCUGGCCAGUGAAACCUUCAAUUAUAGUGCCAUUGACCGAGUGAAGUCCAGGGGCAAGCGGCUUGCACUAGAGAAAGUGCCAAAAGUUGGGCAGCGAUUUAACCGCAUUGGGCUACCUCCAAAGGUUGGUUCAUUCCAGCUCUUUGUUGAGGGCUAUAAAGAUGCAGACUAUUGGCUGCGGCGUUUUGAAGCAGAACCUCUCCCUGAAAACACCAAUAGGCAACUACUGCUGCAGUUUGAGCGAUUGGUAGUGUUGGAUUACAUUAUCCGCAACACUGAUCGAGGCAACGACAAUUGGUUGAUUAAAUAUGAUUGUCCAAUGGAUAGUUCUAGCUCUCGGGACACAGACUGGGUGGUGGUUAAGGAGCCUGUCAUCAAGGUGGCUGCCAUAGACAAUGGGCUGGCCUUCCCACUGAAGCAUCCUGACUCUUGGAGGGCCUAUCCUUUCUACUGGGCCUGGUUGCCCCAGGCUAAAGUCCCAUUCUCCCAAGAGAUCAAAGAUCUGAUUCUUCCAAAGAUAUCGGACCCUAACUUUGUGAAGGACUUGGAGGAGGACCUGUAUGAGCUAUUUAAGAAAGAUCCUGGAUUUGACAGGGGCCAAUUCCAUAAGCAGAUUGCUGUCAUGCGGGGACAGAUCCUAAAUCUGACACAAGCGCUGAAAGACAACAAGAGUCCCCUGCACCUUGUCCAGAUGCCGCCUGUGAUUGUUGAGACGGCCCGUUCCCAUCAACGGUCUGCUAGCGAGUCCUACACCCAGAGCUUUCAGAGUCGGAAGCCCUUCUUUUCGUGGUGGUAGCCCUGCAGGCAGGUGAAGGCAAGCUUGUGUGAGGUGCGCACAGGCAUCCAGGUGCAGGGAAGCCCGAGAAGCCCCUGGGGAGCAGCGCGUUUGCUAGCCCUGGAGCCCUCCCUCUCUGCUCGCCACCUCCUUCGGGCUUUCCCACCCACAGGGAGAAGCACAACCAGGGACUGGGAGUGCUCCUGAGCCCUGCCAAGUAUUGGGGACGCUGCAGUUAAAGAGUCCAGGUGGUUGAGGAGCAACUCCCUUCUAGCAUCUCUUGAUGGCAGGCUGGGACAGUCCAUCCCUCCCUGAUGCCCUCCUCCAUUGCAAUUCCUUGUUAUAUUCUGCAUCAGAAAAAAAAAGCCACAAAUUUAAAUGCUUGUAGCAGAAUCCAGAGCCUCUCAUAUGAGAAACCUUUAAUCUCAUAUGAGAAACCUUUAAUCCAGACCUAAAUUUGUAUAGACCCAGACAUUUGGGUGUGUGGCAGUUGCACACUUCCAGGAACAGACAUAUGUCAGAGGACCACUGGGUGGCUCGCAGUGCUGGGAGAGACAGAAACCACACUUCCUUUGGGUUUUUGCCAAAUCUUCCUCUGCUCUUCCCAUCAGUGUGGUGGUUGGCUUUCCUUGGCAGGCAGCUUUUGCUCUGCAACACCCAGAACCUACAUCUGCAGAACCUCCUCUCUGCCUUGUUGUAGUUUACCUGUCACUCAAGCAUAGGUGGGAGGGGCUGAUCUUAUAAUUUCUGUUUUGCUUUUUUUUUUUUCCUGGUACUGGGGCUCAAAACUCUUGAAACCAGGGGCACUCUACACUGAACUAUAUCCUCAGCCCUUUUUAUUUUUGAGAUAGGGUCUCGCUAAGGUACAAGUUAAACUCUUCUGUCUCAGCCUCCCUUAGUACUGGGAUUAUAGGCAUGCCCCACUGUGCCCCACUGUUCUGUUUUAAUAGGUGGUUAACACCCAGCAUGUGAAGGUGAUCCACAUGGCCUAGUGCAUGCUGGGAGCUGUAAGUAAUCUGUAGGGGAUUUAAUCCCAGGCUUGCUUCUUGAGUCCUUAGCUACAGUUCUCUAAUUUGUUUCUAUUGUUCUAAGUAUUUUUUCCCCAGCUUUUUUUGACUUAGGAGUUCAGUUUAGGUUCUAGAGUAGGUCUCUAUGAGGGGUCUGGGUGGCCUCAGCUCUCACAAGAACAGAAUAUCUCACCCUUGGACUUCUUUAUGUGCUACCACUGCUGCUUGGAGGCAACAGGAUGUGUAUUCUGCCUUUUAUUCCUCUGCUCCCUGGCUUCUUGCCCUGGCCUGGUUUUUCCAUGGCUUCUUGAGAAAGGCAAGGCCCAGAGGAGAGAGGCCUUCAUACUGUCCCCUCGUGCCUGCCCAGCUCAGUGUACAUCUUGCUUCCAUGUCUUUUCCCUCACCUGUCCUUGCUUGCCAGGUGUGCGAGUCCUUUCUACACCAAAGCAAAGAAUGGCCUCAGGAGGGAGUAAAAAGGGUGCCCCCUGCGACUGAGGGGCAGCUGUACCUUACGCUAUGGACACUUCGCAGUUCUGGUACCCUGUGAUUGGUCAAUCAGCCUUGAAAAGAAACUAAUUUUGAAGGUUUGAAAAACAACCAAAGAAAGAGAGUAAGGACUGUGGCUGUGUGUCCCCUGCUUACCUGGCUUCCUCUAUCCAGGAGACAGAGCAGAGACUUACAGCCCUCCUAGAACCUGGGCCACGUCACUUCCCAGCCAUUCCAGCUCCCCGGAGCUGGCUUGUCCUGGACUUCCACCCAGCUGGCCGGAAGUCUCUGAGCACUGGAUAUGCGUAUCUGUGGACAAAGUCACUGCUCCCUGUGUGCCCUGCCCUGACAAUCCCAUCUAGCCUACCUAGGUUCUGGCCUGGGGAACCAUGUAUGAGAGAAUCUUGUCUUCUGAGUGCAGGAGCCAGUAGGUUGCCCAGGUGUGUGUACCUCCCUGCAGACAGGUUUGUGUGAACCUGUUGGCAAGGCUUCCUGCGUGAAGAGGCCUUUGGUGUUUCACCAGCCACGUCUGUACUAUACUGCUCCAGAUCAGCUCUGUGAUCAGGAGGACAUUGGGUCCAGUGUAAGAAGGGAGCCCAUCCCAGGCCUGGUGAGCCAGGAUAUGGGGAUCCUUUCCUGGCCUGCCUCCUCUCUCCCUUGAAGCCUGUACUCAGGUUGCUGUGAGUGUGGAUUUUGGAGGACCCAAGGACCCCAUGUGCCAGGGCAGGCUUCUGGUAGCACUCCCAGAACGGCCCAUCAUUCUUCCGGCCAUCGGCCUGUCCCCGCUCUUCAAGGAGUGGAGGCUGGGCUGUGUGUGCUGCUGCCCCAUACCAUUCUUCUAAUGCACUGUAGAAACUGUAUGUAAUAUAUUUAAAUCAAUGCAAAUGUAUGAAUAAUAAAUCCAAUUCUGAC